GUUUGAACUUGACAUGCCAAACCGAUCCAAAGCAACGAGGAACGAAGUGGUCGUGCUCGACGACUCUGAGACCGAGCAGAGCCCCGCGCCCGACGUGACGCUUGCCGACAAUGAUGACAAUGACGACCAUCGGACCAUCCAUGACGAUGGCGAUCAGGACGACGCCCCGCACGAGCCGCACGACAACGACGAUGAUGAUGAAAUGGAUCCCGAGCUGCAGGAACGGUUAUUGAUGCAAAUCCACUACGCCACCGACCUGGGAGCAAUGACCCAUGGUGACAACGAGAACGAGGAUGGCGUCGUUCGAAUCGCACUGGCCGAUCCCGCAGCUGCUGCCGGUGAUAUGGACGCUCCGCCCGCGCAACGAGGUGUGAAACGCCGACGAGCUGAAACGCCAGUCAAGGCGGUAUCGUCAGCCUCGGCAUCUGCGACUGCGUCUGGGACUGCAAGUCCUCAGCCAGGAGCGGAUGCACCAGCAGGCAGCAGUGAUGGGCAACGAUCAAAACGAGGGAGACUCGAGCGACAGACAGAUGUCGGCGACGGCAUCGAUCACGAUGCACGAGCCCGGGAGCGCCGCGAUGCGGACGAGCUCUUCUUUGUAGUAGACACGCGUCCUGCGCUUCCCUAUCGAGCUGCCGAUCCGAGCGAGUCCGACUCGGACGACGACGUUGUUUCCGGCUCGUCGUCGGACGAUGAUGUGCAAAUUCUCGAUGAUGAUGAUCACGACAACGCCACGAGCACGAGAAAACCCAGCACCAAGAAAGCUGCCAUCGACGACGCAUCCAGCAAUUCAAGCAAGAAACCCGCGGGAAAGACAAAGCGUGAGCGGCGAGCAGCCCUAGACGAUGACGAAGACUUUGACUUUAACGAGCUUGUCACGCGCGCUCGAGCUGCCAAUGAAGCUGCUCGCCUGGCCGAACUUGACGGUGCCACCCAUGGUUUGUUUUCGGCCUUCUCCAAAAACAUUCGGGCUAGUAUGGCGAACUUGGUCGACCCCAAUUUGUGGAAGAUUCAAGAAGACGAUCUCAAGCUUACUCUGAAUGCUGCUCGUACUGAAAUGGGUCGUUAUUUUGUUGGAUUUGACGCCGGUCGUAUUCGCUGUCACAAUUGUGAUCAGAUGGGGCACAUUAGUCGCGACUGCCCGAACAAACGAAGAGUAUCGCCUUGCUACUUGUGUGGCGAACCUGGCCAUACGCGCUUCAAGUGCCCGAACCAGACAUGCUACGCCUGCUUUGGUGCUGGCCACAUGAUGCGCGACUGCCGACGGCGUGCCGCCAAGCCGCACAUCUUGUGUCGACGCUGCAAGAUGCGUGGCCACUUUGAGGCAAACUGCACAGACGUCUGGCGCCAGUACCAUCACCAGCACGCAGCGCUUCGGGAGAGCUCGUGCCGCGAUUUCUUGGGCUUCCCCAACCUGCGAGACCCAAGCGGCUGCUCUGUGCAGUCGCUUGGCCGAUCGAAUCAGCCUGUUGCCUUUUCGGAGGCAGACAACCCUUCAACGCAAGACCACGGUGACGAAGAGAAGGAAAAUCAGUCCUCCUCAGAGGGCGGCGCCCCUUUUGAUGUGGCAGCUGCUUGCAAGCAGUUUUUGCGAGGCGAGCGAUACCGUACCUUCUGCUGCAACUGUGGCGGCGACGAUCACCUCAUGAGCGAAUGCGGCCAUGCCGGCUUUGACUAUCGCUCAACGCCUGGCAAUUUGAUCGUGUCCCGCUACGAUCCAGUUCGAUUCAGAGACGACGAUGACGAUGACAGGGCUGCGGGGGCUCGCACCCAGGACUCAAAACGCGACCGCGAAACCAAGCAAGCCUCAGCUGAGGCUCGGGUCGAAGGAGGAGAUGGCAAGCCCGGCAAGCUCGUCCCUUCAAGUGCCCCUGGUCGGUAUAACUUUGUCUGGCAAAACACCAAGAUUCGCGUACCGCCGAAAAUGCUCGUUUUGCAGCUCGGUCUACCUUAUGCCCACCAACUCGCAGACUGGUCGGACACGGCAGAGUCGCGUGACAAGGAGCUGAAGGAAACGCGGCGACUGGUGGAACAGGCCGAGUUGCAAGCCAAGGAUGUCAAGCGACGACUGGAAAAACGCUCGGCCAAAAUGACAAAGUCGGCGCGGUCCUCGUCCAAGGCCAACAAGCCGUUGGCACGAAUUGAACUCAUGCGGUAUUUGCUUCAAAUCCACGGCGACAAGCGAACUGCCCGGCUUCGCGCCAGCCACGACCAGACGUUGGUCCGCCUGCACCGCGAACUGCAAUCGGAAACGCUCUUGCAAGAUGCGCUUGUUGGGGCGUCAGCUGACCACAACGCUGGCAAUAAUGACGACGAUGAUGACGACUCUGAGGACGGUGCGGAAGAACAGGAUGAAGACAACACCUCCAGCAUGGAGCACUCGUCGUAUUCCGGUCGUAGAAACGACCCAUCCGUGCGAGGACAAGCACGACAUGUCGACGCUGCGUUUGAUCGAUCGCGCCCUCGGUCCACCGUUGUCGGCAGCACUCCAUACAUGCCAGGUCCCAAUCGAGGUUUUCUGUCGACUCGGACGUCCGUCGAGGAACUGCGCGGUGUAACGCGCGAUGGAGACUCUGACGGAGACCAUGACGACGAAACGUUCGAUCGCACCGAAAAGAAAGGCCGUGUCCGCGGCAAACGGCGGCGUUCUGAUGACGACGAGGACGACGAGCCUCACAGCCACCACCAUCGUCACGACGAACAGCGCUCGCACCACUCCCAUCACGAUUCCCAGCACCACCACUAUCACCAAGAGCAUGAAGAUGCUGAUUACUACUACCACCACGACCAGGACCAGCACCAGCACCACCAUCAUCAGCAUCACCAUCACACCCAGCAGCAUGGCUCUCGCGACGACAGUCGCCAAAGGCGCCGCGGCAACCAAGGCCCUGGCUGGCUUCGUGAGAACCAGCAUGGUCAUCGGUCCCAGGAACGGCAUCGCCAGCAAUCCGAUCGCUUUGAAGAUCGAUCCCGAGGCGGCCACCACCACCACCACCAACAACAACAACAACAACAACAUGACCAUCACCACCACCACGACCACCACGAAGACCACCAUCAACACCACAACCAGCACCAUCACACCCAACGCUCCGAGCACAGACAUCAAAAGCAUCAGCAGCCCCGACGACCCCAGGCAGAUCCGUCGCCGAACUGGGACAGAUUCCAAAACGAGCGCGAACGGGCACCCCAACCCCAAUCAAGCGGAUCUCGAUACCGUGGCGGAUACAAUCGCCGCUGAACUUUGUUUGCUUCGAUUCAAUGGAAACGUGAACAAGCGCUUUGCUAGAGUCGUGGUAAAGUAAUUGAUUAAUGAUGUGAAUAAAGGAAACAACAAACGA